AUGGCAGGGCUAAUAAAGAAGUAUGGCAUCAUCCAUAAAGUGGCCACGACAUACCACCCCCAAACAAAUGGCCAAGCCGAGGUCUCCAAUCGGGAAAUCAAGAGCAUAUUGGAAAAGGUUCUGAAGCCUCAUUGGAAAGAUUGGAGUUCAAAUCUCGGUGAUGCGCUUCAGGCCUACCGAACGGCUUACAAGCCACCGAUUGGUAUGAGCCCAUUCUGGUUGGUCUAUGGGAAGGCUUUCCAUCUCCCGGUGGAGAUAGAGCAUAAGGCGUCCUGGGCUGUAAAAGAAUGCAACACAGGAUUUGGGGUUGGAUUCAAAAGGAAGUUACAAUUGGUGAAGCUUGAGAACCUUCGAUUGGAAGCCUAUGAGAAUUCAAGGCUUUACAAGGAGAAGAUGAAAGUGGCUAAGGUUGAUGCCCGGAAAGCUAAGAUCAAGGUGGGAAGGCCCUUAUAG